AGCGCUUUGGUACCACGUGUGGGGAAGAUGCUCAAACACCAAAUAUUAGCAAGAAGAACUUUUUGGAGUUUAUCUACCACACUACCCCCAUUUUCUCUUUAAGAAGAAGAAGAUUGAUUUAGCUAAACUUCAUCAAGAAAAAAAAACAUUGGCCGCAUGACCGAAUCGAUUAAGCUAAUUUCGAUUAGCCGUUGUCUUCCUCAUCGCAAAAUACCACGUGUAUUCACGCCAAUUCAAGUUGUUUGAUUAUCCAUCUUGAUUAUUUUAUGUGGUAACAGUGCUGGUGGCCCGUUUCUUCAGUUAAAGCUGUACGUUGUGAUUUGUUUUUCUUGUCUCAAAGUAGCCAUUUUUUUCGUGAUUUCACGGCCACUUGUCAGCUGAGUUUAUGUUGUUUUAACGAGCCACGUUGUAGAUUGUAAUAUUACGGUAUAGUCAGCCCUUGCUGCACGUGUUCGGUCACCAGUAUCAGAGCGCGUACAGGCACGCACGCGCUGAUUGCUCGGGCAACCAGGCAAGACACUGUCUCACGGGUUAACGGAGGACCGGGACAGACUGCAGCGAGAUGGAGUUUGAGGAGUCCGGUAUUGGAGAGGAGUGCGGGGUUUUCGGGUGUGUGGCUGCCGGAGAGUGGCCCACUCAGCUGGAGGUGGCCCAGGUCUUAACUCUGGGACUUGUGGCUUUACAGCACAGGGGUCAGGAAAGUGCCGGGAUUGUCACAAGUAAUGGAGCCAGUCCGCCCACAUACACAGCCCACAAGGGAAUGGGAUUAGUGAGCACUGCUUUCCCACCCGAGGCUCUUCUGAAGCUGCGCUAUGGUAACCUCGGUAUUUGUCACACGCGCUAUUCAACUACUGGGAUCUCAGAGCUGCAGAACUGCCAGCCCUUUGUGGUUGACACUCUGCAUGGCAAGAUUGCUGUAGCACACAAUGGAGAGCUGGUUAAUGCUAAUGCCCUGCGGAAAAAGGUAAUGCGCCAUGGUGUAGGCCUUUCCACCAGCUCAGACAGCGAGCUCAUCACCCAACUGCUGGCAUUUACUCCACCUAUGGAGGAGCUGGACGCACCAGACUGGGUUGCCAGAAUAAAAAAUCUGAUGACUGAGACCCCUACAUCGUACUCACUGUUGGUGAUGUUCAAAGAUGUUAUCUAUGCUGUGCGUGACCCUUACGGAAAUCGUCCCCUCUGCAUUGGACGGAUUGUUCCCAUCUCUCAACUGCACAGUUCAGGUGCUGGAGAGGAGGGCACUGAGGGGUGGGUUGUGUCAUCAGAGUCCUGCAGCUUCCAGUCCAUCGGUGCCAAAUAUUACAGAGAGGUCUUACCAGGAGAGAUAGUCCAGAUAUCCAAGCACGGAGUCAAGUCUCUGAGUGUUGUCCCUCGCCCUGAGGGAGACCUCCCUGCCUUCUGCAUAUUUGAAUAUGUUUACUUUGCCAGACCGGACUCUAUUUUUGAAGGGCAGAUGGUCUACACUGUUAGGCAGCGCUGUGGUCGGCAGUUAGCAAUCGAGGCUCCAACAGACGCAGACAUGGUCAGCACUGUGCCAGAGUCUGCAACUCCUGCUGCACUGGGCUAUGCUCAGCAGUCUGGGCUGCCGUAUAUAGAGGUUCUGUGUAAGAACCGCUACGUUGGGAGAACAUUUAUUCAACCAAAUACCCGCUUGAGGCAGCUAGGAGUUGCCAAGAAGUUUGGGGCUCUGACAGACAACUUUGCUGGGAAACGAGUGGUGCUAAUUGAUGACUCCAUCGUCAGAGGCAACACCAUCUCCCCCAUUAUAAAACUACUGAAGGAAGCUGGUGCAACUGAGGUCCAUAUCAGGGUAGCCUCUCCACCGAUCAGGUUCCCUUGCUACAUGGGGAUCAAUAUUCCAACCAAGGAGGAGCUCAUUGCCAACAAGCCAGAGUUUCAGGACAUUGCUGGGUACAUUGGUGCUGACAGUGUUCAGUAUCUGACUGUGGAGGGCCUGGUAUCAGCUGUCCAGGAGGGAAUCGCCUCCCUCCAGGAGAAGGACAAGAUGAUCAACUCCAGUAACAAGUCCAGCAAGAGAGCGGGCCACUGCACUGCCUGCCUGACUGGGAAAUAUCCAGUGGAGCUGGAGUGGUAACUGGUGUACCAACGCCAUGACCAACCAGCAGCACUGUGGAUUUACUGCAAGCUCCCACAGCUGAUUAGCGUGAAUGAAAUGUUCUCUAUAGGCUUGAAAAGAAGUGUUCGGGCAUCUCAAUACUGCUAUGUGGGACAUUAAGAGACAUUAAAUACACAAUUACAGCAUGUGCUUUCUCUAGAGGGUCAUCAUGAAAAUGUUACUUAUAAUGUGGUUGCAGACUCACCUUGCUGCAGUGCUAUAGAAAUCUACCGUGUGUUUACUACUGCUUGAUGUCAUGAUGGUGGUAUUACAGGUGCAUGUCAGACCGCCCAACAGUGAUGCUUUUGUGUUUUUGAAGGCUACCAUGUAAUCUAUUUUCACAUUUAAAGCCUUAACACAACAGGGGCAUUAUAGAAUUUGCUGUGUCAGAAGCUUACAAGGCUAGUGACCAAAAAGUGAAAUUGUCUGUUUUCCAUAAAGUUUUUUUUUUUUUUUACCCAAAAUUACCCCCUAUGCUCUUGUUUUUGGUCUAACUGUUGGGUACUUUGUUUUCUUUACUUUGAACAUUACAUGAGUAUAAUUGAAGAGUUAAAUAAUAAACAGAAUGACUGCAAUGAAAACACGUACUUGUUUUUUUCCCAGAAACUUCAUUUUUACAUUGACAAUUUAAUUUUAAUGAAUAGAUAUUACAAGAAAAACAUGAAGCUGUAUUAACUUAGGUAAUGAUGCACCACAGCACAAAAAAUAACAUUUCAGUUGAUUAAAAAAUAAAACAUCCAAACAGGAACACUAACUAGGAUGGAAAGCAACUGGACAUACAAAGACCACUUCAAGCUUUACUAUGUUGUAACAGUUAGUUUCCUGAGUUCACACUGUACCAGCUGAGUGAAAUAAAUGUUUCCUGUGUCACCCA